AUGCAGUGUGGAACUGGAUGUCAGACAGGCUUCGGUACCUGUGCCAAUAGCCCUAAGCCAAGCACUAGCAAACCAUCUUCUAUAGUCCCCUCUGCUACACCAUCUGCGGCGCCUACACCGGUAUCUGGGGAUGCUCUGCAGUGUCUGAACGCCAAAGAUGUUCCCUAUAAGAUGACGUCAGAUGCCGCUUAUACCGAUCUUGCAAAGCCUUACAACCUACGUCUACCUUACAAGCCGGCUGUAAUUGUGCUACCAAUCACAAACCAGCAUGUUCAAGAUGCGGUGGUCUGUGCCGGUCAGGCCGGACUCAAGGUCCAGGCAAAGUCAGGAGGUCACUCAUAUGCCAGUUACAGUUCUGGCGGCAAAGACGGUUCUAUGCAAAUCAACUUGCAGUCCUUUCAAACUGUUGAGCUUGACAAGAGCACUGGUAUCGCUGCAGUCGGUGGAGGUGUUCGUUUGGGCAAUCUUGCUGAUGGCAUCUACACCCAAGGCAAGGCUGCUGUUGCUCAAGGAACCUGUCCAGGUGUCGGAGCCGGUGGACAUUUCUUGCAUGGUGGCUAUGGGCAUGCAUCGCGUAAUUGGGGCCUUGCUAUGGACCAGAUUGUUGGGGCUGACGUUGUGUUGGCAAACGGAACUCUCAUCAAAACCGCACAGACCACCAACCCCGAAAUCUGGUACGCUAUUAGGGGCGCUGCUGAUUCCUUUGGCAUCGUAACCAAGCUGUACAUCCAAACACAUGCAGCUCCGGCCAGUAUGACGUAUUUCUCAUUUGUUUUCAGCGGGAUCCAAAACUCAAAGACCACAUGGACAAACACCUUCCUGCACAUCCAGGAAUUCGCAAAGAACGCCACAGUAAUCGAUAACCGCAUCUCCUUUGGCAUCUACCUCGACAACGGCGGCUCAUACAGUCUCUCCGGCGCCUUCUUCGGCUCCGUCGACGAAUUCAACUCAAAAAUCAAGCCCGAGCUCCUCCGCACCCUACCCAGUGCCACCGCAACCGUAAAGUCCAUGGGCUGGUACGAUUACACUGUCCUAGUAUCUGGCAAAACCACCAUCAAAGAACCCCUCACCGGCUACGACGAACACGAAGACUUCUUCGCUAAAUCAGUCACCGUACCAGAAUCCACCGGCCUCACAGCAACAACCCUCAACGCCCUCUACGACUACCUCAAGACCUCUGGCUCCGUCCAGUGGUACAUCAUCAUCAACCUGUACGGCGGUCCCGGCUCCGCCAUCAACGCCAAGGACCUCGAUUUCGCCGCCUACAACGACCGCGAGAGUCUGUGGGUGCUGCAAAACUACGGCUAUGGCGCCCAGUCGAUUGACUUUGUCAAUGGUAUCAAUAAGGCGAUUAUCGAUGCCCAGCCGCAGACUAUGUUUGGCGCGUAUUUGAAUUAUGUGGAUCCUAGUUAUGAUGCUGCGACUGCACACAAAUUGUACUAUGGCGACUAUGUGUAUGGGAAGCUGGCGAGCCUGAAGAAGAGGGUGGAUCCUAAGAGUGUGUUUUGGAAUCCGCAGGCUGUUGGUGCGUAG